GUUCCCACAAGCCCCCGCGCGCCGGCCCCGCUGCCUCCCCUCAGCGCUGGGCGCCCGCCGCCCCGGGCGCGGCCGUGCGGGCGCGGAGCAGCCGCCGCCGCGCCUGAGGGGGCCGGGGCGGCCGGGCCCUGCCCUGCGGAGCGGGGAGCGGCGCCGGGCAUGCGGGCGGUGGGAGCGGACCGGGAGGUGGGAUGCUGUCGCGGAAGAAGACGCGGACGGAGCUCUCCAAGCCGGGCGAGGUGCAGGGCAAGUACGUGAAGAAGGAGACCAGCCCUCUGCUCCGCAAUCUAAUGCCUUCAUUUAUCCGUCACGGUCCAACCAUUCCAAGACGAACUGAUAUCUGUCCUCCUGACUCGACUUCUUCUGCCUAUGCUGCUGGUGGAGAUGGAAUUGUUUCCAGAAACCAGAGUUUUCUUCGAACCCCAGUGCAGAGGCCACCUCAUGAAAUAAUGAGACGUGAAAGCAACAGACUCUCUGCACUUUCCUAUCUUGCAAGAAGUUUAGCUGAUGUCCCUAGGGAAUAUGGCUCUUCCUCCCAGUCCUUUUUAACAGAAGCCAAUUCUGUUUUGGAAAAUGGAGAUGCUGGUGCCCGUUGUUACUACUAUGAUCAUUUUUAUGAUGCCCAGAGGAGACGUCAGUUAAAUGAUCGCGUUCAUGAGGACUACAGGUAUUACGAACACAACAGUGAUCUCUUCCAGAGGAUGUCACAGAACCAUGGAAGGCACACUUCAGGCAUCGGUAGAGUUGCUGCUACAUCUCUAGGAAACUUAACAAAUCAUAGUUCUGAAGAUUUACCUCUUCCUCCUGGCUGGUCAGUGGACUGGACUAUUAGAGGAAGGAAAUACUAUAUAGAUCACAACACUAAUACAACUCACUGGAGCCAUCCACUCGAACGUGAGGGACUGCCUCCAGGAUGGGAGAGAGUUGAGUCAGCAGCAUUUGGAGUGUAUUAUGUAGAUCACAUCAAUAAAACAGCUCAAUAUAAACAUCCUUGUGCUCCCAGUGUUCCCCGUUACGACCAGCCUCCCCCAGUGACUUACCAGCCUCAGCAAGCUGAGAGAAGCCAGCCUCUCCUUGUCCCUGCAAACCCCUACCACACAGCAGAGAUUCCAGACUGGCUGCAGGUCUAUGCCAGGGCCCCUGUAAAAUACGAUCACAUUCUGAAGUGGGAGCUCUUCCAGCUGGCGGACCUGGACACGUACCAGGGAAUGCUGAAGCUGCUCUUCAUGAAAGAACUGGAACGGAUUGUGAAGCUGUACGAAGCGUACAGGCAGGCCCUCCUCACCGAGCUGGAGCAUCGCAAGCAGAGGCAGCAGUGGUAUGCCCAGCAGCACGGCAAGAAUCUUUAAGCUAACAACUCUAUUAAAAAGACUUCUAUGAGGACACUAAGAGCUUUAAGUUUUUCACACUUAAAACUAUGAAAAAAUGCUGUUGUUGAAAAGGCAGCUUAUUUUUGUUAAUGUUGCACCUUUGUUAUUAUCCUCUUGAAUAUUUUUCUACAUCUGUUAAGUGUUGUUUAUAAAAAUGAAAAAUGUUUGUUAAUCUUUUUCCAUACAAGAACUAGUUUAUUAUUCUGAAAACUAGCGCGGAUUUAAUCAGACACUUGAUCCUGGUAUCUUUUUUUCUAGCAGUCAGCUGUAUUAUUAAGAAGCUGACUAUAUAUAUUUUUAAAGGGCAAGAGAUGCAACUAUAUGAAAUAAAGUCCUGGAUUUAAAACAUUGUUAAAAUCCAAAUGAGUAUUUCAGUGCGUUUCCCUCGGGAUUUUGUAUCCCUCUCCUGAGAGAGGUCUGCUCUUUGUUUACAGCUUUAAUGUACAGAAGGCUGCUCCUGUUCCGUUUCAGUAACACCCAGUGCUGUAGCCAGGCAGAAGCAAAUUUCAUCAGUCUAAACAGAGGGCUUCGGGAAAGUGGCAUCUGAGUUGCCUUUUUACUUUAACGCAUUACUACUUUAGAUUUACUACUCAUUUUCACAGAAAUUAGAGGGAAAAUACUUGGACUUUCUUAAAGAUCAAAAUCUCUAAGCAAACUUUUCACAGGUUUUGAAAUCCUAGGUAAACUGCAUUUUAUAAAACAUGGCCCAGCGAAAGUAAUAGUGUUGUCUAACCAGCUUGCCAACCAGCUGUACCACGCCACAGAAAAAAUCAGGGAUGUGACAACUACUACUUUCUUUUUUAAAUGAGCUUUUGUCUUAUAUUAAAAGCUUCCUUACCUGGGGAAAAUUUUUUAAAUUGUACAGUCAUCCUCUCCAAUAUUUUCAUUUGGUUCAUUGAUUGUCCUGAAAUGUUAUUUAUGGAUUCUUUUUAGUGCAAUAAACAUUGUUGCAGACAAAAACACAUUUCUUGUAAAUCCUGUUAAUUCAAUAAAAAUGUUUUUGUUCAGUGAA